AUUAAUGUCUCCGUGAAUGCAAAAUAAGCCGCUUCGUAGCCAGUAUAGGCUGGACGUAAGUUCAGAUGCGUGCGCUCGUUUGUAUCAAGAGGUGCCGCAGAAAUUCCUCCAACAUAUUUUACAUUUGUUUUCAUUUGUUGCAUGGUCUUUAUUUUAUCUACAGAACAUGAAAGUUCCCUGACUGUGCGGUGGAACAAAGCUGACUGCCAGUUCUGUGAUGUAUUCGCAGGGAAAAACCCUCGUUGUAAGAGCAAUUUUCUUGAUAGUUUACGGUUUCGUGGGCGCUGCAGUUUUCACACUUCUUGAAAAGCGAGAAGAAAGUAGCAAGACGACCUCGAAUGGAAUGUUAGAAGAACUGCGGAAGAACUUUACUAAACACCAAAACAUAUCAGAAGAAGAAUUUAAAUUCUUCUCAAUGGCCGUGUACAAUGCAGUUCGUGUUGGGCUAUCGGCGGACUGGACUUAUUUCAGGGCAGUGGAUUUCACCUACACAGCUCUUACUACUAUUGGAUACGGGCAUUUAACGCCGGUCACCACAUACGGGAAACUCUUCUGCAUUGUCUUCUGCUUAUUUGGAAUUCCUGUAUGUCUGCUGACCCUGAAAACCGCGGGAGAACUUAUUUCAAGA